AGGCUGGAGACACCGAAGCCACCGGGAAGGACCGCCCCCUCCCCAAUACGUCAUCAGCAGGAACCCGGAAGUGGUGAUUGUAAGCACACGUGAGGAGAGAUGGCGGAUGUCUACAAAACAUUUCCCCCAGAGGAGGCAAAGGAACUCGGCUUGGAGACUCAGUCUUCAAAGAAAGCAGAUGCAUUCGUCAAUGCCUUUCUAAUGCGUUGUAUGCCGAAGCUGAGAAAGGUGCCGGUGGAGGAGUACCUGCACAGGAAGGCCGUAGUCCUGGAGCACGUCCACAAGAAGAAGAAGCGGAAACACAACAAGUCCAAAGGACUGACCGCCAAGGAGCGCCGAGAGAUGAGGCUGUUCGACAUCAAAUCUGAUCAGCAGAGAUACGACAUGUUUCUUCCUCUUCACAAUCUUUGGAAACAGUAUAUCCGAGACUUGUGUAAUGGAUUGAGGCGGGAUGCGCAACCGCAGAUGAUCCAGAAUAAGCUACUGAAGGCGGAUAUGCAUGGAGCGCUGGUUAUGGUAUCCAAAUCGAAGUGUCCGUCCUAUGUCGGCCUCACAGGCAUCAUUUUACAGGAGACGAAACAUGUGUUCAAAAUAAUCACAAAAGAAGAUAAACUGAAAGUUGUUCCAAAGUUGAACUGCGUCUUCAGUGUGGAAAUUGACGGAUUUAUCACCUACAUCUACGGGAGCAAGCUUCAGAUGAGAGCCAGCGAGAGGUCGGCCAAAAAAUUUAAAGCCAAAGGAAGCGUAGACCUGUAACCAGGUUAUGGAGACGAGAUGAAAUUCGGAUACGUCCCGGACUUUAUUUUUAUUUAUUUUUUUAUGGAGAAACAUGGAAGACUUAAAUGGAAAGCAGCAAGUGACGGGAAGGUAAUCUCGUAUAUUGCUGCCGCUGGAACAGCUUCAAGGGCUGCAGGGAUUGAGUGAUGAUGAAACUGUCCUCUAAUAACCCCCCCCCC